AGGUUUGGUGCAUGAUCUAUGUUUCUUUCUUCUAUGAGAGACAAAGGCAAAACACUCACGCGACAACAUUCCAGUUCAGAAUUAAACAAGUCACGUGAUUGUUUCUCUUUCCUCUUUCUUUUCACCACAACACAAUAAAAAAAAACAAAACAAUAUUCCUCUUACCUUUCCCCUUUUCAUUAUCAUCUUCUUCUAGGGUUCCCAAAUCCGAAACACGUUUAUCAAUUCUCUCCGAACCGGAAGAGGAAUGGAAGCUAUAAUCGCCGAUCCAAACCCGGUUCGGGUCAAGAGAAAAACCCUUCAAACCGUAUUGGAACAGUGUCAAAGAGCCCUUGAACUAAUCAACGCUUCUUCCGAUGACGAUGCUGAUGAUGAUGAUGAAAACGACGACGUUUCUGAUUCCAACCAACAACCUCUCCCUUCUACACCUCCCGAUCCAGAAGCCGAUCAGUUGUGUGACUUGCUCAAAUCUAGACUUGAGUGUCCUGAUUUCCUUGACAAGUUAGAGUGUGCACAGGCGUCGGUUUAUCAGAACACAACCGAAGAAGGUAAUUCUUGGGAUUUGAUCAGCGAAAAUGAUCUUUGGGAAGGUGUUGACACUUCUGACGAAGAAGAUUAUGUUCUUGUUAGACAAGAUGAUAUAGUGGAUGGGAUUGCAUGCUUUAUGGCUGCAUAUUUGUUGUCCCUUAAGAAAACCAAGGAUUUGACUCCAAGUCAACUCCAGGAUGCUCUCAGCAAGACAUUUUCUGUGAAAAAGAAAAAGGGGAAGCUUCGAAAGGCCUGGGAUGGGAGCAAAGUUAUAUAUAAUGUUGCAUCAUGGGGUGCUACAGCCAUUGGGAUAUAUCAAAACCCUGUUAUCCUAAGGGCUGCAACUAAAGCAUUCUGGACAUCUUGUCAAGUGAUAUCAAAGCUGCUCUGAUUUGUCCAUGCAUCUUGGAGAAACAAUGUGAGGCGAGUUAUGGUUUACCCCCUCCCCUGUAAAAAAAAUGUUUAGAUUCCAACCGUGUAAUAUGAAGAUUCUUUGAAUUUGGACCCUGGUGCCAUGCCAUCUGAUUGGAUAAAAACGCUGAUGUGGCACACUGAUUGUGUAAAUAAAUAUCUUUUUCAUUUAUUUUCUUU